AUGGACUGGAACGAUUUUGAGAAACGAGCCAGCAGGGUAAAGCCAGUGCAGCCUUUGAAACCUAAGAGAUCUUGGGUUGGUGUUUUCAAUCAUGAGAAUGAUCCACAGCAACCGUUCAACGAGCUAGAUUUCAUCUGGAUGAUAGGACAUUCGAAAAUCACGCUCGAGAAGAUUGCUCAGACCUACGAAACGCGCCAUGAGCUCACAGGCAUCCAGCUUGUCUACCGAGGAGACAUCGUGGAUAAGAGCAAGACACUCAAAGAUGUCAUGGAUGUAGGAACUGACCUGAUCAUCUUUAGAGCUGUCCACGUAACCAAUUCAUAUUCGAGAUCUGGAACACCAGCACCGCCGACACUAUCACGAACACCAAAUGAAUUCUCCGCCUCAGCCGAAGCCACUGUAUCCGCCCACCAUCUUCCAGAACGCGUCAAAGAUGAACCUGAAGAUGAGCCAGCACUUCUGGCUCAUAUGUCACAUGCUGUUCCUCGCGCAGCUACACCGCGAGCUCCCACUAUAUCAGCCACGCGUUCGCCCUUUGAGACUCCAGCUCAAGACGGUUGGGACAUUGAUCACCAGCGUGCGAUGAAGAUUUUCAGUCAAAGCCAACAACACCAUGCAUCAGCUCUGGGUAGAUCAAGCCUUCCAGAGGACCACGCCCGGGUGGUAAGGUCCCCUCUGCAACGCUCGUCCUACGUUCACCCACACAAUGCGUCGCCGUUUGCCGGACUCGCUUCAGCUGUUGCUGCUCAGCCGCCCAGCCCGAUGCGUGAGCCGUACGUGCCGCCUGUGUUUCACCACAAGAUUGAUGAGGCGUCUCAGUCCUUCGAUCCCAACAGCUUCUUCAACCGUGAGCCUUCCCCACAAGGAGACUCUCAAGAAGAGACGACGUCCAUAGACCGCUCUAUAAGGGACAUCAUCACUCGGGAGGAUCCAGAAGUGCUCGAAGCAGGCGUUGCGGCGGGUUUGAACGUUCUGGAAGAGUUCAAACAAGUUUUUGUACGCCACGCCACGUCCAGUCCGGAUGCUCAAGCUUGGACCGAGUCGAUCGAUAAGCUCGUACCCCAGGCUAAACGCAAACGAACCGUAGUGGGGGUGGUAGGGAAUACCGGCGCGGGAAAGUCGAGUGUGAUCAACGCGAUGCUCGAUGAAGAACGACUCGUCCCAACAAAUUGCAUGCGCGCGUGCACAGCUGUUGUUACAGAGAUGUCAUGGAAUGAUAGCAACGAUACUUUCUCCAAAUACCGCGCUGAAAUUGAGUUUAUAUCACGAGCAGAGUGGGAAAAGGAAGUCGCCACUCUUAUGAAAGAGUUUCUCACCGAGAAUGGGACACUAUCCUGGGAAGUAUCCGAUCAGAACUCCGAUGCAGGUAUCGCCUGGGCAAAGUUUCAUGCUGUGUAUCCCAAGAUUCCUCGAGAUUCAUUCGACAAGUGCACGUUGUCCGAACUCAUGGAUGAAAGGGGUUUGAACGUGCUUGGUACCACUAAGAAAAUUAACACGGCUCAAUCACACCGGUUCUACAAUGAACUCCAGAAGUAUGUCGACAGUAAAGAGAAGGUCACCAAGAAGGACAAAGACAGGGGCAAGGACAAGCAAAAGAGUUCUUUCGAGAUGGAAUAUUGGCCUCUGAUCAAAGUCGUCAAAAUCUACACCAAGGCGCCUGCCCUCUCAACUGGCGCUGUGAUCGUCGAUCUUCCUGGCGUACACGAUUCGAAUGCUGCCAGAGCCGCUGUAGCUCAGGGGUACAUCAAACAAUGUACUGGCCUAUGGAUUGUCGCACCCAUCACCCGUGCGGUCGAUGACAAGGCUGCUAAGACACUACUUGGUGACUCCUUCAAGACGCAGCUGAAAUAUGAUGGCGGAUUCUCGAGUGUCACAUUCAUUUGUUCAAAGACGGAUGAUAUCUCCAUAACGGAGGCGAUUGACACCCUUGAAUUGGAAGAAGAAGUGGAAAGGCUCUACGAACAGCAACGAGAGCUCGAGCGAGUGAUCAAGGACACCAAGUCGAGGAUCGAGGAUCUCCAAGAGUCAAGAAACGUUUACCUGCUCGCACAACGCGAAAUUGGCGAUGAGAUUGACACCUGGGAUGCGCUGCAGGACCAACUGGACGACGGGAAGGAGAUAUUCGCGCCACCACCCAAGACUGUCAAGCGUAAGAAGGGCGCAUCCACCAAGAAGUCCCGGAAGAAACGUCAAGCAGAGGAUGAGGAUGAAGACGCUGACUUUGUCAUAUCCGAUGACGAGGCGUCAGAAGCUGAGGAUGAAGACGAAGAUGACGAGGGCGUGCAAGCACCACAAGAACCUCUGACCGAAGAGGACAUCAAAGCCAAGCUGAAGAGUCUGAGAGAAGCAAAGAAGAACGCCAGGCGCGAAGGCUUGGAGAUCAAGCCAAAAAUUGACGAGUUGAAGCCCCAGAUUCGCGAAGCUGAGACCAAGAUCGAAUGCGUGAAAGCUGAAAUCAGUCGCGUCUGCAUCUCAGGACGUAACGAGUAUUCCAAGCAUGCCAUACAACAAGAUUUCGCUGCUGGUAUCAAAGAACUUGACCAGGAGAAUGCAGCCGAAGAGGACGAAGACAACUUCAAUCCCGAUGAAAAACUGCGCGACUAUGACGAGGUUGCGAAAGCCCUACCUGUCUUUUGUGUGAGCAGUCGGGCGUACCAGAAGAUGUGUGGGCGUCUACAAAAAGACGAUGCUGUUCCCGGCUUCAGCUCGCCUGAGGAGACUGAAAUUCCACAAUUGCAAGCACAUUGUAAAAGGCUGACAGAAGCCAGCCGCAUCCAGAGCACGCGCAACUUCUUGUUGAGUCUCUGUCAGCAGCUGACUACCUUCGCUCUAUGGGCUUCGAAUGAUGGAAGUGGAGUGCGAAUGACUGAUGACGAGAAGCGAAAACAGAUCAGGUAUAUUGAAAGAAGGCUCAGCGAGCUGGAGAAGGGUCUCGAAGGGGCUGUUGAUGCUUGUCUCAACGUUUUGAAGAAGGAACUCAACGACCAGAUCUUCGACAAGUACCCAGAUCUAAUACAGGAAGCAAUCAACGCUGCUCCUGAUAUCGCUCAGAGGUGGGGUCUCCAUCGAGCUGAUGGCGGCUUGGCUUGGGGCACUUACAAAGCGGUCGUGCGACGCAAUGGGGCGUAUCAGUCUCCAACAGCAGGUCAUCGUGAUUUCAACUCUGAACUAGUUGGUCCUAUUGUGAAGAAGUUAGCCACCGGGUGGGAACGCGCCUUCCAGAAUCGCUUGCCCAAGGCAUUUGCGACAUUCAUAGCGGAUUCCGGCAAAAUCCUCCAUAAGUUUCAUGAAGCUGUCGAACAACGAGCACGCGAGAACGGCGUUGGUCUCGCCAGUCUAUCGACGCUCAAGACGCAGAUUUACACGUACGAGAUGUUGUUCGGAGAACUGAGCCAGACUCUCACCAACAGCAUGACCGAGUUACAGCGCGAAGCGAACCGGGACUUCACGCCUACCAUCGCCAGUAUCAUGCAUACCGUCUACGACAUCUGCACGGAAGAGCAUGGCAAGGGCAGCUUCAUGCGCAUGAAGGCGCACAUGGCUGCCCAUGUGGAGCGCAACCGUCACUCCAUGUUCAACAAAGCCACUCUGACCGUCAAGCGCCACCUUGAUGACAUGUGCAAGGAGCUCCGAGAGCUCAUGGAAACGAGAGCAGACGAGAUCUACAUCAAGAUGAAGGCGGACUACCUGCGCGUGCUUGGCGGCGUCCAGGUCAACACCCAAGCCGUCAUGUCGAGAGAAGAGCGAGCGAUGCACAGCGAGAUCAAGACUCUGCUCAACACGGUCGACGCUCGCUUCCAACCCAUUGCCAAUGGAGAGAUAUCAGCCUUGGUGGGUGACGAUGCCGAAGAUGCAGCUGAAGAACGCCCAGCUUCUGACGAGGAAAGCGUCGCCUUUGAGUCUGCAAACGAGGACGUCAGCACCAUCAAGCCGGACCCCAGCGCAGACAAGAAAUCCAGCCUGCCCACUCCGCUUAGCAACGAUGUGUCAGACGAAGAGCGGUAA